UCAAAAUGGCGAUACCCAUGGCUAUCCGGAAAGUUGUUGGUGAAAUGGAAUUUAUAACGGCCUUAAAACACAAUCAAAUGGAAAUUCUAAUGGAAAUACUGAACGGAAAUGAUUGUUUUGCAAUACUGCCAACUGGGUAUGGUAAAUCAUUGCCGUACCAAAUGUUCUUACCAGUAAAAAGAGCUCUUAAUCCUGAAAAUCAUGACACGGUGUUGGUAUGCUGUCCCCUCAUCUCCCUUAUGGAAGACCAAGUCAGACGAGUGCAGCAGUUUGGAGUAACAGCUGCCUUGAGAGGCACAGACCAAGACGCCAAUGAGGCAAUUGACGAUGGGACGAUCAGUGUGAUAUUUGCUUCACCAGAGGCACUUGCAGAAGAGUGGGUCAGGCAAAUUAAAGAUGUAUCAUUGAUAGUUGUUGACGAGUGUCACACAAUUUCAAUGUGGGGUGGUCUAGAUGUUGACGAGGAGAAGGCCUUUCGGAAGUAUUUCCGCUAUAUUGGAACAUUACGCUCAAUAUUUCCAGACGCAACAGUGUUAGCCCUGAGUGCUACUUGUACUUUGAAAAUGAAAACGCAGAUAAUGAGCAAUUUGAAUCUUAGUGGAAAGGCCCGAGUUAUUGAAACCUCUCCAAACAGAGCCAAUAUCAAAUAUGUUGUAAAAAGAACACCAAUUGCCAUUGAGGAAACCUUUUUUUGGUUAAUAGAUAAAUUGUGUGAAUUGAAAAAAGACUUCCCAAGGAUUUUGAUAUACUGUAAUUCCAUCAAAGAUGUAUGCCAACUUUUUAACUAUGUUGUUACUGAAACAAAUUUAAUGGAUCAAAAUGUGGUUGAAAUGUACCAUUCUGAAACGCCGCAAGAAAAAAAAAGAACACAUUGUGCAAAAUUUAGGGCUUGACUCCCAAAUGAAAGUAGUUAUUGCAACAACAGCUUUAGGCUUGGGUGUUGAUGUCAAGAACUGCCAUGGGGUGAUUUUAUUUGGACCACCAAAAGAUGUUGUUGAUCUGUUACAGGAAAGUGGACGAUGUGGUCGUAAUGAUGAGCCCUCAGUCUGUGUUAUUUUUUGUAAUCGGUAUCAAUUAAAUCAUAUUUCAAAAGAAGUGAAGGAAGUAAUAGGUUCUGUGGAAUGUAGGAGGAGGUGUUUGUUGAAAAACUUUACCAGUGAAGAGGUUGUCUCAGACCCAGCACAUAUGUGCUGUGAUCUCUGUGUUUCUCACUGCAAAUGUGGUUCCUGUACACCCCAUCCCAUAGAAGUUUUAGUAGGUACUUUUUCCGCUAAAGCAGAAGAUGCAUUGGUCAGUAGUGACAGUGAUACUAUUUCCUACGAAUAUGAAUCUGAUGUCAGUUUCGAUGGUGGCUUUGAAUGAAAAUUAUAAAAGACAACAAAAACAUAUCUUAGAAUUUAA